CUGAUCGAGACCUCGCUUUCAAAAGUAUAUAUCAGUGCAUUUUCGCAUCGAAUCUCUCUCAAUCAUGAACAAACUUGGGCAAAAACAGCAAGAUUGCCUGUUUUGUCAAUUCACACAUUUUCAUAUUUGGGGGCAAUUUUAAAGUCGAUGGCCAAUGUUUUCAAAGCCAACAUUUACACAGGAAAAAAUACAGCUAUUUUUCUUCCAAAUUCAUUCAUUUGUAGAGUCCGACUCUCUCUUGUUUUCUCGCAGUUUCCGUUGUGCUCUGAGAGAAACGAUCAUGUGUAUCAUAAGCGUUUGGCUCACUUCAAGACGGCAGAAUUUGCACUUGCAUUUUCUGCUGUGUGGAAGACCAGAGGGAGUCAGCUAAUUUAUGACAGAAUGUGCUUAAAAAAUGACUGGUGAAUAAUAUCUUUUGUCAGUGCCUGACAAAUAUUUAUAUUUUAAAUCACGCUCUUCAGCUGUCAAGUGAGCUCCAAAUGGCCUAAAUUGUCAGCUGUUUAUCAUCCUAGGUCAGCUCAAGGUCACAGACGUCAGCUGAAGAAAGUGGUGACCAUUGGCCCUGUGUUGAGCGGACAAACCGGUGUUACCUAGUAUUCUAUGUACCGUGGCCGGCGCCGGGCGCGGCGGCGGGGAUGCAGGGGCGGGCAGGCGUGGCGCUCAUCUGCUGGCGGCCGGCGGCGAAACGUCCUGGUGGGACUACUGAACGCUCAGUCCCUGUUUCCCGCUCAGUCCCCGCUCAGUCUCCGCCGUUACAACCACGAUUUCUACGUUCUGACCGAGACUUGGCUCCGGCCCACCACACCGACGAGACUGGUCACCUUCCCGGGCUACACGCUACACCGCGCCGAUCGGCCCGAUGGCUCUGGCUUUGGUGGCGUAGCCAUCCUGUGCGGCGGCGGAUACUGCGGCUCGAUCAUCCCCCAGCCCGGGUCGGAGUGCGCCACCUGUCAGCUGGAGAGCCUCUGGCUUCGGGUGAGGCCGGCGACUGGCGCGCCGUUUACGCUGGCUGCCGUGUAUCGGCCCCCGCGCCGUACCGCUGCGGCUCUACAGGCGGACUUUACUGAACUCGAGACGCAGUACCAGCGCGUUCUUUUACAAUGUCCCGGACCCGUCUUUAUCUUGGGUGAUCUGAAUUGUAAUAUGCUUGACUCUGUGACCAAUCGUCUGUCUGAAAUGCUUCAAUCACUUCAUCUCCAUCAGUUUGUGGCGCAGCCUACUUAUUCUUCUGGUUCACUGCUUGACGUUGUAAUUUCAAACUCUAGCGACGCCGUGCGGAAAGUGGGAGUUUUUAAGUGUGCUUUUGGUCCUCACAGUUUUGUUCGAUCACUUUUAUCGUUCACUAAGUGUCGCGUCAAACCCUGUCGUGUUCAGACCCGCAUUUUAAAGCGUAUCGACCAUGUAAGUUUGCUCCACGAUCUUUACGCUGUCGACUGGACUGGUGUUUAUAAUUUAGAUUCCGUCGCUGCUAUGUGGUCCCACAUGCUUGCGCUUUUAACUCCGGUUAUUGACACUCAUGCACCUGUCAAGUGUAUUUUAAUUAGGAACCCGACCGCUCCACCUGUCACCGGUGCCACGCUCGAUCUGAUGGCACAGCGGCGGGGUGUGCUGCGCAGCGAGGGGAAGACGCCGGCCUUUCGCGACCUUGACAGACGGGUCAGGUCAGCGAUUAGGCGUGACUGCCGUGCAGGUAUCGCGGAGAGCCUGCGAGCUCAAGGGAGCAGCUCCCUGUACCGUAGUAUCCGCCCUGUCCUGGCCGGUAAGAGGGACGGCGCGCGCAGCCUCCCCACCGCUACACCCGACGAGAUGAAUGCACAUUUUGUUGAUGUUGGACCGCGUGUCGCCGCUAGCCUGGCCGGCCUCGGGCCGCCGCCCGAUAUCCCGUGUCGCCUACCACGUGUCGGUGCGUGCGGGUUUCGGGUGGCCGGCACGACGCUGGCCGGCCUGCGGGCGGAAAUGUUCUCCAUUAAGCGUUCUGGUGCGUGCGGGUCUGAUGGCAUCUGUAUUCGUAUCCUCAUCCUAUGUUUCGACGCCAUCGCUCCUGUCCUACUCCACAUCAUCAAUACCUGUCUUACCUCAUGUGAUUUUCCCGAGACCUGGAAACACUCUCUGGUGUAUCCUAUUUUCAAAUCCGGCGAUCCCUCUAUUAUUUCCAACUACCGCCCCAUUUCCUUAGUCCCCACCAUGGCCAAGAUUGUGGAGCGUGUGGUGCAGCGUCAGCUGUUUACUUACAUGUCUCACAAUCAUCUCCUAUCCUCAUCCCAACAUGGCUUCCGUCCUCAACAUUCCACAGAAACCGCUCUGCUGUCCGUCACAAACCGCAUCUUUUCAAACAUGGACCGAGGUCACGUCUCCCUUUUGUGCCUUUUGGACCUCAGUAAAUGUUUUGACGUGAUUCCUCAUUCCCAACUCCUAACCAAGCUCCAGCUCUACAACAUCGAUCCUUCUUGGUUCUCCGCAUACCUUUCCGGUCAUACUCAGUCAGUCUCCAUUUGUACUUCUUCCGGCAGCAGAGUGGCUUCUAAACCUCUUCCUAACACCAUGGGAGUUUUCCAGGGCUCUGUCCUUGGUCCUCUGUUGUUCACAAUAUUCGCCAACGACCUCAGCCUGCACGCGCCGGACGCCCAUGUGAUCCAGUACGCUGACGAUACCCAAAUCCUUAUCUCCGACUUGCAACAAAACAUCCCACUCCUCAUCCAGCGCAUGGAAAACACCCUGGCCUCCCUUUCAUCGUGGUUCCAUGCACACGGCCUUAAGCUCAACACCUCCAAAACCGAACUCCUUCUCCUUGGAACCAAGCAAAACACCCGCAACCUGCCCCUGUCAGCGUACGGAUCGCGACGGACUGCCGCCGAGGAGACGCUAGCCGGACUGCCGAACCCGGACGUCCAGGCUUUCACGGACGGCUCGGCCACAGCCGGACGACGCCACCGCGUGGACCUUCAGUGGGUUCCCGGUCACGCGGGAGUCGCCGGCAACGAGAUCGCCGAUACCGUGGCCAGGGAGGCCGCUGAGCUGCCGCAGGACGGGAUACCCAUCACCUUCGCGGCGGCCAAGAGCCUGCUGAAGCGCCACUCUAUCCGAUCCACAGGCUUUAUGAACGUCAACAGACAGAAGUACACGGAGCACAUGGUCGUGAGUAACGGUUAA